AUGAUGCAUAUCACCUCAGAAUACACCCAUUUUCACAACAAGACACGUCUUGACAAAGUCAAGGAAGCUACAGCAGCCGUUUGUGUACAAAAUCGUUCCAGAUGGACCGAAGCAAUUAAAGAGAUCAGAACAUGGCCCGAAUAUGAGCCACAACCAUUGCACACAUUGCCCCAUCAAGCGGAACAACUUUGUAUUAGAGAGCUUUUCUUCAAGGACGAGAGCAAGCGCUUUGGUGUCUCUCUCGGAUCCUUCAAAGCACUCGGUGCUCCAUGCGCUGUCUUUAAGAUCCUGGCCGACCACGUCUUUUCGAAAACCGGCGUGAGGCCUACAUCAGAGGAGCUUCGAACGGGAAAGUACAAUGAUAUUACGCACAAGGUCACAGUCUGUGGCUGUCGCUGUGUGGACUACAUCCAUAGUCAUGUCAGCCCCGGACGUGCCGAAAUGAUAAAGGACUUGGGUGCUGUUGUUAUUCGCAUUGAUGGUGAAUACGAAGCUUCUGUUGAGAGAGCUAAGGAGGAUGCGCGAAUGAACGGGUGGCAUUUCGUCAGCAGCACUUCCUGGGGUGACUUUGACAAUGGUAUCCCGCAAAACGUCAUGAAUGCUUACAUGGUUGUUGUGGAGGAAGCACUCCAAGCGAUCCUGCCGUGGAGAAUAUCACACAUGUUUUUGUUUGCGGUGACGUUGUCAAACCAAGGCAGAGUCCUAACUCCUCUGAGGCUUAUCGUGGUUGAGCCUAGGGAAGCAGAUUGCUUGUUUCAAAGCGCUCAAAAGGAAGAGAUAUGUCUCUCCGAAGGAAGUCUCGGUACGUUGAUGGCGGGCUUGACUUGCCGCGGCCCAUCACCAGCCGCAUGGAAAAUCUUGACAUGGCUUGCCAGUGACUUUGUUGCUGUUCCAGAUGAGGUCGCUAUUGAGGGAAUGAAGGAGUUGGGGAGCGGACGCAGAGGAGAUGUCCCUGUUGUUUGCGGAAAAAGCUCAGCGGCCAAUAUGGGCGUCAUUCUCCAAUACGCAAAUGACGAAACACUCCGCGAGAUAUUGGGAUUAAACAGAAAUAGUCAGGUCAUUCUGUUUGGACUCGAAGGAGAUACAGAUACUGCCAUCUAUGAAAAGCUGGUUGGAAAGACUUUGGAGGAAGUUUUUGCCGCACAAGAGCGGGGUUUCAAGCUUUGA